AUGUACUUGGGUGCUGAUCGUGUGAAGAAUGCUAAGAUUCAGACAUUGAAGGCAGAAUUCGAGUGUCUAAUGAUGAAGGAGACAAAGUGUAUUGAUGAUUUUGCAAUGAAGUUGAACAACAUUGUAAACAACAUCAGAGCCUUGGGAGAAACAAUAAAAGAGUCAUAUGUGGUUAAGAAAUUCCUAAGAGCAGUCCCUGCGAAGUUCUUACACAUAGCUUCUACUAUUGAGCAAUUUGGUGAUCUCGACACGAUGUUGGUCGAAGAGGUGGUAGGAAGACUUAAAGCUCAUGAGGAGUGUGUUCUUGGGCAAGUUGAUAACGUCUCUACCCAGCUACUCCUGACUCAAGAGGAAUGGAAAUCAAGAAGUAAGAAAAAGGAAGAAGGAGAUUCGUCUUCUAGUGGUAAAUCCUACCAUCAACAACAAAAUAGGAAUUUUAACAGAGGACGAGGUAGGGGCCGAGGAAGAACAAGUAGCGGAAGAGGUGGCCGAUAUAACGGUUCACAUCAGCAAAAUCGUGAACAUAACAGUUCACAUCAACAAAAUCGUGAACAAGGACGAGGUGUUGGUGGGAGUCGUGACCAUAGCACACUUAGAUGCUACAACUGUGAUGAUAUCGGACAUUUCGCAUCACAGUGUCGUAAGCCUCGACGUGAGAGAAAUCUACAGGAAGCAGUCUUGGCACAUACUCAUGAAGAUGAACCCGCUCUUUUCAUGGCAGCUUGCAUGGAAGAGGUUUCUGAUGUAGUGUUGCUACAUGAAAAGUAUGUGAACCCAAAGCUCCGGCCACAAGAAGAUAAGUCUUUCAAAUCCAAUUUGUGGUGCUUGGAUAAUGGCGCUAGCAAUCACAUGACGGGUUAG